UAUGUCACACUCUUCACACUUCAUCACUUUCUCUCACUUUCUCUUUAGUUGCCUUCUCUCUUUCAGGAUCUCUCUGGUUCAGCAGCCAUGGAUUGGUUCUCAUGGCUUUCAAAAACAAGCCUUGACCCCUCUCUGGUCUAUGAAUAUGGCGUCGUUUUUGCUCACAAUGAGCUUGAACAAGAAGACAUAGUUUACUUCAACCAUGAGUUUCUUCAGAGCAUGGGAAUCUCCAUAGCCAAGCACAGGCUUGAAAUUCUCAAGCUUGCAAAGAAGGAAAAGCCCAGAAGCUCAAAUCCAGUAGUGUCAAGGCUCAUAGGGACGAUCAAGAAGACCAAGAAGUGUUUAUCCAAUUACAUUCAUUCUCUGAUUCAUAGAGAAAAAUCUGCCCUUGUGGUGGUCCCUACUAAGCCAACAAGUGAUCAGGAAACAAGGUGGAAGAGUAGUAUGGUGAAGAGAAGCAGAAGUAAGAAGCUGAUAGUGAAUAGUAAUUAUAAGCAAGAGAGGCUUCUUCUCACUAAUGGAAAUUCUGCAGUAGUUCCUACUUUACCUGUUCUUGAUGGGUUUUCAAUUUCUAGCCCAAAGGUGAAGAAUUUGCAGAAGGAAAUGAAAAAGGCUGACGAAGAUGAUGAUGGUGAUGGUGAUGGGUAUUGGUCAGCUGCUCUUGAAGAGAUCAGGUGGGAUGCUAUGUUUCAGGAUCUAAAGCCAAACUGAAAUCAAGUUUCUUUCCUUUUCCUUUUUCUUUGGGAUUUUCCAUAUCAGCAGAGAGAUUUGAGUUCAUUUCUCUCUCUCACUCACUCUCACUCUCUCUUUUGCUCUAGUGGUCAGAUAGGUAACUUUAGCAUCUGUCUGAUUCUGUAACUAAAUUGUGUCUCUUUUGCUUUUGCAUGUUCAACAGUGGAAAAUUUGCCGUAAGAUUUGGAUGAUUUCCAAAGUUUAUAGUUCCAGGAACAAAUGAAACAGUUUGGAUUAGCUUUUUGCUUGAAUUAUUAUUUCAUUGUGAUUGUAAACA